ACCCAGAGAGCGCUGCUUGUUCUUCCAGGGGUUGCCUAACUCUAGUCUCAGCGCGCACACACACACACACACACACACACACCCCUGCUGAGGAAAACUGAGGGAGGCAGAGACUGGAGGAACGCGGCUCUGUUGUUGUGGUCACUCCGGGAACAUGGAGAGGCUGGAGUGUAGGAACUGACCCGCUGUCGUCGGGAGGACAGGAGUACAUGAGGAAGGGCUUCAUCAGAGCGGAUCAGGAUUAAAAGAUAGUACUGGUUUCUGAUGGCUCCUUUGAAUGGACGACAUGCCUCUUUGGGCAUAAACUAUACCGAGUGGGCUGCAUGGGUCCAGUGGUCAUGUCCCCAGGGAAGAAGGCGGAGGGUCCCAGCAGCGGGAGCGUGGCGCGGGGUCUGAGUCAGCUGUACCAGGACACUGAGGCAGCUGACCUCUCUCUGGCCUUGUCUGCCUCCCUCAGCCGGGCCGAGGAUGAGGAGCUGACCAGCCUCAGCUGGCUGCACGAGAGCACAGAUCUUCUGACCAGCCUGGGUCACUCGGGCCUGCGCAGCGUCAGCCCCCUGCAGGACUCUAACGGAGGCCACGAGCCCUCCUCCUCGCCGUCGUCCUCCCCUGAGCCCAGCGAGCCACCGUACCACCUGUCCACGGGUCCCAGCCGCAAACCGCCCUACUCCUUCAGCUGCCUCAUCUUCAUGGCAAUAGAGGACGCUCCCUCCAAGCGACUUCCUGUCAAAGACAUCUACGGCUGGAUACUGGAGCACUUCCCCUACUUCGCUAGCGCCCCCACUGGCUGGAAGAAUUCAGUGCGUCAUAAUCUGUCACUAAACAAAUGCUUCAAGAAGGUGGAUAAGGAUCGCAGUCAGAGCAUAGGAAAGGGUUCUCUCUGGUCUAUUGAUCCUGACUACAGACACAAUCUGAUUCAGGCGCUGAAGAAGACUCCAUAUCAUCCGUAUUCCCCUCGGCUUCCAAAACCUUCUACCUCCCCGUCUGCCUCUCCUCAGCAAUACCACAGUCCUCCACUAUGGCCAGGAAGUCCACUCUUCAGAAAGAAUGGAGGAGUGCUCUUACAAGUUCCUCAGAGAGUGAUACAGCACAGCUCACGUGUUGCCGCUCAGGGGCUCUUUCCGGUUAUCAGACCCCUUCAUUUGAGUCCUGUGAGCAAGAGGACCACAGCCGUGAGAUCAGCCCUGAGCGACUAUCUGACACGGGCUAAAAACAGCCUGCGCUCUGACUCUCCUCCACCCAGCGAUGAUCAGGAGGAGGACCACACACACAGCAGCUCGCAGUCCCUAAAUACAACAGGGGACAUUUCUUCCUUCACUCAGGGUUCCCUCUCUGCCUACAGCCCCGGUCAGGAGGUGACACUCACUGAGGUCAAGGAGGAGCAAAAAGACUUCCCGCUGGAUGCUACACCACCCCCUUCCCACCUGCUCCAGCGCAGAAGACUGCUGUGGACCAAAGGUCACCUGCGGACCCCCAGCGACACGCUUCCCCUGAAGAAGAGACGGGCAGAAAAACUCCUGGUCAAAGAGGAGGAGGACGAGGAGAUGAAGGAGGCGGCGGGGUCAUUGCUUCACCUGGCCGGCAUGCACUCCAGCGUGAAUAAAAACACUCUGCGUACAUGCAAGAAAGAGCUGAAAGAGGAAGCUGACGAUUAGCAAGGAACGAAAAUCCCGUUAACACAGAUCUAAAUACUUCUGUUCCAGGAUAUCAGGUGAAUUCUAGUCAGUUGUUGCAAUAUCAAUAAAAUCACUGUUGUCCCUUGUCAAAUUUGA